CCCCACUGACAGAGAGAGGGAAAAAAAACAUGGAGCUUGUGGUCCUCACCUCACAACCUCUAUCCCUUUUCACUUCUCUCUCUCUAUAUUUUUUUACCCUUACUUUUCCAUUCUCUCUCUUUCUCAACACUAUUCUCUUACCUUCUUCUCUUUCUCUAUCUCCCCUUCCCUCUCUCUCUAUCUCUCUCUCUUUCUUUCUCUCUCAAAUUCAUGGAUUCCAAGGGCAAAGCCAAGAAAGAGCUGAUGACGAUCGAAGCCGACAACGACGACAUAGAAGAGAGAGAGGAUGAUUCCGACUCCAAGAAGAAGAAAUUGGCGUCUUCCGCCGCCUCUGCUACUGCUGCCGCCACUUCAUCCGUUGCUAAAAAGGGCUCGGGCGGGCUGUCGCCCCCGUCCUGUCAGGCCGAGAAGUGCACUGCUGACCUCACCGACGCCAAGCGCUACCACCGCCGACAUAAGGUUUGCGAGCAACACGCUAAGGCUCCUUUCGUCAUCGUCGGUGGCCUUCGUCAGCGUUUCUGCCAGCAGUGCAGUAGGUUCCAUGAACUAUCGGAGUUUGAUGAGGCGAAGAGGAGCUGCCGCAGGCGUUUGGCGGGCCACAAUGAGCGGCGCAGGAAGAAUUCAACCGAAUCUAAUGUGGAAGGAUCGGGCCAUGGAGGGGCAGCCCAGGAAAGCCAUUGCAGGCAGGCUGAUCAAAGUGGGAGGAUGCCUAUAGCCCUCCCAGCAAGCCCAACUUUCAAACAUUUCCAGAUCAGAUAAGAUCUUACCGUUGGUCUCAAGCAUGCUCUCUCUCUUCUGUCAUCUGAUGGCUUUCUUUAUGCACCAUUCGAGGUGUUCUUUAUGUCUACGUAGGAAGUGCUGUAUUUUAAUCAUACAUAGAACAUAGCAGCACUGUGCUGGUAUCCAUCUUGCCAGUUGCGCUCCAUUGCGGGCUGCACAAUACGUAUUAGAUUCUGUGUGUUCAGUUUCCUAAGAGUUGCGCUUUCCCAACUUUUUUACAUAUUUGUAUCCGUAUCUACUCCUAGUGAUGCUUGUUGAUGACGGUUGUAUUGUAUCUUAAAAGCUAUAGAAAUUGAAGCUACGCUGUCAAGCA